GCGGCAGCAACCAUGAGCGCCGGCUGGCCGGGCCUGAAGACGGACUGCGAGGCUAUGCUCAGCUCCUUCCAGCAGGCCGAGAGCGUCCGCUUCGAGGACUUCGCCUCGCUGUGGAGGGAGAUGCGCUUCCACACCAUCUUCUAUGGUAAAAUAAGGACUCCGGAGCAGAUUAAGUUCACCAAGGAAGCUUUGGCGUUGGUGUGGCCGUACUGCUUCCCCCCCUACACCUUCCAGGUCCGAGUUGGUGCCCUUUAUCUUCUGUAUGGAUUGUACAAUACGCAACUCGGCCAACCGAAGCAAAAGAUCAGGGUUGCGCUCAAAGACUGGGCUGAAGUCAUGAAAUUCCAACAGGAACUGUUAGAUGCUCAGUAUUACGACGCUGCCUAUGUCUUCCGGAGGCUUCGGAUGGACAGAGCGUUCCAUUUCACAGCAAUGCCUAAAUUUCUUUCCUUCAGGACUAAGAAGAACAUGCAGGAGAAGACGGAGACCAGGAGCGAGUUCAGGGAUCCGGAGGACCGAGUUGCAAUGCUUAAGCCGCAUGACUUCUUAGAGGAAGCUAAGAACAUUCACGACCACUACCAAAAGAUGAAGUGCCUGGUCUCCGAGGACCAGUCCCAGCCGGACAAGGCUCUUAAUCUGAUAAAAGACGACUUCGUAGACAAUUUCAAGAACAUCAUUUUGGAGCAUCAAGAGUGGCAGAAGAAGAAAGCGGAGCUGGCCUUGGCCGCUGUGGGUGAAGAAGCCACGAAUGCAAAGGAGGGUCCUUCGCAAGGGACAGAGCCAAAAAACCCUCGUCUUUUCCAGGGAUUUGAAAGAGCCAGAGCAUUAGCCGACAUCAAAUCCAAAUCUUACUCUUCAGUUGUUCAAGCUUCCAAAUCAAGACGGCACCGCCAAGUUAAGCUGGAGUCUUCCGAAUCAACAGAUCGUGGGAAAUCCAAAUCGCCAAGGGCUAAGAAAGCCAGCAAAAGUUUGCAGCCGAGGAGGAAGAAUGAAACUCGGAAAAGCAGAGGGACGUUGCAGUUGACAGAGGAGCAGAGUGCUGGGACCCUGAGUAUGCCUGUGAUUGCAGAGGAUGAUGAAGAAGAAGAUACUGACCAUUCUAGUGACGAAGACUUCAUGCCCAGCAAGAGAAAGCGAGCUCGUUGAGAGGAAAAUCUAAAUACUGUGAAUUGAUGGUGUGAAUUCCCAGAAGGAAACCGUGCCUCUGGCUAGUGGGCGAGGCUAUCCAAGUGGCCUGAAGACACACUGCAAACUGCACACGCCUGUUCUCAUUUCAAGAAGGCAGGAAGAACUUUUUUGGGAAGCUCAAAGUGAAGAGAGCCUGUUCUAUGUCGUGCAAUAGUUUGAUGUGCUGAACAGGGGAUUUCAUGUACCUGGGACUUACGAAUACUGAGAAACGGUUCUUAGGUUUAGCAUUGUAUAUAAGAUUAUAUUGUAUUACUCAUAUCUUAAAAUAAAUUUUUGGUUUUAAGAAAAACUCCCCACAUUCAUUAAAGAGUAUAGAUUAAUAAUAAUAAUAAUCUUACUUAUACCCUGGCCACCUGACUGGGUUGCCCCCAGAUUUCAACAUAAUAAAAACACAGCAAAACAUCAAACAUUAAAAACAUCCUGGUAACAGGCUGCCUUCAGAUGUCUUCAGGGAGUUGUGUGGUUGUUUAUCUGUUUGACAUCCGAUGGGAGGGUGUUCCACAGGGCGGGCACCACUAUUGCAAUCUGCCUUAGGCUUCACAAUUUUUUCAUUUCAUUUGCAUCCCACUAUGGAGUUUGGCCUGCGCGUAAAGACAUUUUUCCAGUCCGCCUUUCUUUUCUAGAAAGAACAUGCUGUUCUUUUAUUUUUCUCCUACUGUACAGCUUUUGAUGCCUAGGCUGUUUUGUGCUAUUUUUUCUAGGCAGCAACAUCUUGACUGCUUAAUAGCACAUUGCACAGCGAAGCCCUUUCGAUACUUGCCUGCAAAAUAAUGUGGAGCAGCAGUGUGUAAGGAAUCUUUAAAAUUCUGUUCUGCCUGUCUUUGGACCCCUUCCAGAUUACCUGUUUAUUGAACAUGUGCCCCGUUUUUCUUGCUUAUGCAGAGUUUAGAUUAUUUGCUGAGCAUUGCCUCCGACGUGUUUUGCAGGGCAGUUUGCACAACAAGGAGCAUUUAUCCUGAUUUGCUUGCAAGGUGUUUACAUGUCUUUCCACAAGUCAUUUGUUCAUCCCACACUUCUCAAAACAUUUCUCAGUCACUUUCCAAACGCAAAAAGUCAGUUCCUUAAAAAAGUGAAUUUGUUGUGCUGGUGUGACAGAGCCCUUUAAUUGCAAAAAAAACAAACCCUAAAGUUCUGCAUGCAUUUGAAUACCUCCUGCAAGACACUGACAGUCUACAAGCCACCCUUUUAUUGUCUGUUUGAACGCCUGUGUUUCAGACAUUUUGACGAAGCAAGUUAAGCAAACUGAAUUGUUAAUAUGGACUACUAGAUACAAGCCCAAGUGCUUCUGAAACUAAUGUUAAAAAUUUGAUCUGAAACCUGCUUCCUUUGUACUGCUGUGUUUUUCUUUUUUUCAGGAUGGCAUGAGGGAUUUUUUGCUUUGGGUUGAUUUAAUAUUUGUAUUCUGCUUUCCCAAGAACAGCUCAAAGAGUCUUGCCGUAAUAAUGAUAACAUUAAAAAUGAACAAAUAACAACAACUUCUUAUUUCUUAUACCCCCUCCAUCUAAGUGGGUUGU